AUGGAGUUCACGAAGUGCACCAAGGAACCUGCGGUCUAUCAAAAGAAACAGAAGGGGGAGCUUCUGAUCAUAGCUAUAUACGUUGAUGACUUGUUUGUAACAGGGACUUCACUCAACGUUAUCAAGCAAUUCAAAGAUGAUAUGUCAAGAAGAUUUGAGAUGUCAGACCUCGGGAAGCUUACAUACUAUCUUGGUAUAGAAGUAAGGCAAGGAGCUGAUGGCAUUCACAUCAAACAAGAAGGAAAAAGGCACAAGAUUUUCGUCAGACCUGGAAUUGUGGGAAGAACAUCCUCAAAGCAACUCAAAGUAACCUUGCGACUAAGGGUGUCGAAUGUCGAAGAUGCGACAAGGCACCAAGAUGAUUCGCUAGAGGAAAGGGCACAAGGUGUGUGGUCCUUAGCUUGA